AUGAUGUGGAACAACUUCUUCCUGCAAGAGGAGGAGCGGCGGCGUGGGGCCGCGAGCCGGCGGCGCGCGCGGGGUCCCCGGUCGGGGCUGAGCCCGGAGCGCGAGCGCAAGGCCCGCUGGACGCUGCUGGGCACGGCGGUGGGCGUCGCGCUGGCCGUGCUGGCCGUGGGCACCGACUACUGGGUGGAGCUGAACCCCGCGGGCGACGCCGCCUGCGCCACGGCCCACCUGGGGCUCUGGAAGGCCUGCACCCGGCGCCCGCGCCCCGCACACGGGCCCCCCUGCGGCCCUGCGCGCUUGCACCCAGAUGCAAACUGCACCUAUUUUAAAUUCUUCACCACGGGGGAGAAUGCACACAUCUUCCAGAGAACCACCAAGAGAGAAGUGAAUCUGGCGGCAGGAGUCCUCGCAGUGCUCGGCCUGGUGAUCAUGGCCCUGGGCAGCCUCUGCAUCAUCAUGAUGCUCACCCAAGGCGCAGAGUUCCUGCUCCGCGUGGGCGCCAUCUGCUUCGGCAUCGCAGGUCUGCUCCUGCUGGUGGCCCUGGAGACCUUCCGUCAGUCGGUGAUCGCGCUGCUGAGCCAGGCCGAACCCGAGGCGCCUGAACUGGUGGCCGAGUACUCCUGGUCACUGGGCUGUGCGGCUGCAGGGGCCCUGGUGCUGCUCCUGGGGGGCUGCAGCUUCCUGCUGCUCAGCCUACCCCGGCCCUGGAGCUCGCCCUGCCUUGGCCGGGGCCGGGACCACGGGGCCACCUAGGCCGAAGUAGCCCACUCUCGGCCCAACACUCCGUCCAUCUGUAGGGGACCUGGCCCAAGAUCAGCCUGGACACUGGACACGGUCCUCGAGGCCUAGAAGGAAGGAAUUCUGGAUCCUGCUCUAGGCUGGGGUUGUUUGGGGCCUCCCACGGGUAGAGGCUCCCUGUCCUGUCUGGGGACACGGCUGAAGGGUGAACCCUGGCUGGCUCGAGGGCGCAAGUGGCUGUGAGGACAGGAGUCCUGGAAACUCGGUGGCUUGGGUCCGAGGUCAUUACAGAGGGAAGGGAGGUGACUCUGGGGCUGAGACGUGACCCCCCUGCUGCCACCUGUGUCUAGGACCCCCAGCCUGGGCGAGUGGGAUAACCACGCCAGGCAGUGUCCCGGACCCUGACAUUAGGCCCUUUCGGUGGGGAACUGGGGUCUGAGUAGAUGCAGAGGGACGAGAGCCCAGGGGUGAAGAGAGGCAUACAGCCAGGCUAGACUCAACUGCAGGGGGUGGCAGAAGUCCUUUU